AUGAAAUAUUCAGAUGACCUCUCAAAGAACAGACUGGCCGACGUCCCCACAGAAGUCUGCCACCUGGUCGCCUUGGAGACACUAAACCUGUAUCACAACUGCAUCAGGACCAUCCCAGACAGCAUCAUUGGCCUGCAGUCACUCACCUCCUUAAAUCUCAGUCGUAACCAGCUGGGCGCUCUGCCGGCCUGUCUGUGUGGUUUACCUCUGAGAGUCCUCAACGCCAGCAACAACAAGCUGGUCAGCCUGCCGGAGACCAUCGGACAGCUGCACGGCCUCAUGGAGCUGGACAUCAGCUGCAAUGAGAUCACGGCUCUUCCUCGUCACAUCGGCAGACUCAAAGCUUUGCGAGAACUAAACGUACGUCGGAACCUUCUCUGCGUCCUGCCAGAAGACCUGGCCGGACUUCCUCUGGUGAAGUUUGACUUCUCCUGUAACAAGGUGUCGACCAUCCCGGUGUGUUACAGGAAGAUGAAACAGCUCCAGUCCCUCCAGUUAGAGAACAACCCACUGCAGAGUCCACCUGCACAGAUCUGUAUAAAAGGUAAAGUUCACAUAUUCAAGUAUCUGAGCAUCGAGGCGUGUCGCAGCGAGAAGAUGCCCGACUCACUCUACCUGCCUGUCAUAGAGAGACUCAGCCUAUCACGGCCCACCACCGGCAGUGUGGAGGACAUGGAGCAGCAGAAGAAGCAGGACAGCGACUCAGGAGUUGGCAGCGACAACGGAGACAAGCGACUGUCGGCUACUGAGCCGUCAGAUGAAGACAGUCUGAGUCUCAACGUCCCGAUGAGCCACAUCACAGAGGAGGAGGGGAUCAGUAAAGACGACUCCAGUGAACACAUCAGCUCCCUCACAGCAGACCCAAACACCGACUCAGUGCGUCUGAUCGAGGAGAGCCCUACGGAAGCCCUGAAGGACCAGUUCAGCUACAGAGACUCUGCUCUCAGCACGCGCUUCGUCAACUACAUCAAGGGUCGGACAGCAGCAGACUUUGACGAGCCUCUCAGGAUAGAGGAAGACGCACACUGGCAAACAGAACAAAUGUCAAAGGUCACAGGGGGCACAGAGCUCCACAUCGACAUGAUCAACCAGCUGAAGGAGGCUGUGGAGCUGCUGCAGGACCCCAGCAGAGUGAAUGCGGAGCAGGACGAUCUGUCUGGAGUUCAGCUCUACCCGGUGGAGAUGGUCACAGUGGAGGAGUCACUCAAUGGGCAGGACAGCGAUGAAGGCAUCACCACACCAAAGCAGCACAUGGAGGAGGGUGGCUAUGAGUUCCAGAAGAAGAGACAGAUGAUUCUAGAGAAGGCCAGGUUUGAGGCCCAGCUUGCAUGCCGGGAGUAUGAGUGGCAAAUGUCAAUCAAGCGACAUGACAGAUCUCCAGCCGGCGGACCUCCAUCCUUCUCCAGCCCUGUGUUUGGACUGAAGCCCCGAUCAGCCCCGCCCUCGCUGCCCUGCUCGCCCCCUCCUUCCUGUCUCGCCCCCUCCCUCCUCUCACAGGCCUCGCCCCUCCAUAGAGAUACACCUCGUAGCCAUGACGACGGAGGCAUGCACAGACGCGUGUUCCUGCGCAGCCACAAGAGUCUGGAGUCUGUCGAUCCUCAGUUCACCAUGAGGAGAAAGAUGGAGCAGCUGCGAGAGGAGCUGGAGCUGAUGGAGCAACUGCGAGACAGCAUCGAGAGCAGACUGAAAGUCGUCCUUCCUGAAGACCUCGGAUCGUCUCUGAUGGACGGCGUCGUGCUCUGCCAUCUGGCCAAUCACAUUCGCCCGCGCUCUGUCGGCAGCAUCCACGUCCCCUCGCCUGCAGUGCCCAAACUCAGCAUGGCAAAGUGUCGGAGAAAUGUGGAGAACUUCCUGGACGCCUGCAGAAAGAUCGGUGUCCCAGAGUCUUCCCUCUGUUCGCCCUAUGACAUCAUCCAGUGCCGCCUGCAGCCGGUUCGCGCCACAGUUCAGGCGCUGGUUGCCUUGGAUACAACCUCUGCGGACAGGAAACAGGAAGCGGCGACUCCAAACCCCGCCUCCUCAGGGGUGUCAGAGACUCCCUCGUUGGUUUCUGUUACCACUCAAACCCCGCCCCCCGCCUGGCAAAUCUGGGACAUUAUUGGCUCGAGCCUGCUUCACAUCCUCUGCCUAGUUCUGCUGUUCGUGGCCUAUAGUUGGAGUGAGCUAACGUAACCGUGACAACCGCCUCCCCGCAGUCACCUGCCAGCCCCGCCCUCUUUCUGCCCAGGCUACGACUCCUUUUGUUUUUUUGCUGCAUUUAUGUCACAUGGGAAAAAUCAGCGUCUAAAAAAAAAUAUCUGAAAAUGUUCGUUUUUGUGAGCUCAUCAGCGUCGACUGUACGUCAGGAAACAUUAAAGAGCAACUACACCCAAAAAAUGUUGAGCAUAAAAAUAUUUGUCACUCUUCUCAGACAAAAUACAACGAAACUGCUGUUUAUCUUUGUUUAUAUCAAAUUUUAAUGAGUUCAUUGUUGAGCCCGAGUAGACGUUUGUGCCAAAUUUGAAGAGCAGGGCAUUCCUGAUUAGGGCUGUCAACGAAUAUUCUAAAUUCGAAUUUAAAUUCGAAUUUGAAAAAAAAAAUGGACCUUCGAAUGUGA